AUGUGGCUUGACGGGCUCUUCAUGGCUCAGCCAUUCUACGCCAAAUGGACGCGCCUCUUCGACAGCUCCAACGAGACUGCUUGGGCAGACAUCCUAAAUCAGUAUAAUCUCAUUGAAUCACAUGCCGUCGAGAAGUCAGGGCUACUCGUUCAUGGAUGGGCGGAGGGCCCUGCUCCCUGGGCAGACCCACGAACGGGACGGUCGCCGCACGUCUGGGGUCGCGCCGAUGGCUGGUACUUCAUGUCUGUAGUCGAAGUGCUUCAGGUUUUUCCAUGUUCGCAUCCCGGACGCGCCCAGUUGAUGAAAUAUUUCCUCGCGCUGGCUGCAGCCCUGGUACGGUCACAAGAUGGACGAUCCGGCAACUGGUGGCAGGUAAUGGAUGCCCCAUAUCCCGGUCGCCCGGGCAAUUACAUCGAGAGCAGUGCAUCGGCCAUGUUCACCUGGGGACUACUAAAGGGCAUACGUCUAGGAUAUCUCAACAGAGCUGAGUACCUCGGACCGGCGGUGCGCGCGUACAAGGGGCUGGUGAAGAAUUUCAUUGAGCCACAGCAGAACGGCACUUUGGCGUUCACCGGCACUGUCGCUGAGUGUGGUCUGCACCAGGCCAAUGCCACCUACGAGGCAUGA